AUGUCGACAGUUAGCAUAGAGCCUUUCCUUCGAUAUCCUCGCAUCGAAAAGCCUGGAUUUGUUAGAGGCAGAAGGAUGGCUGCUGUCACUACUUCUGCUCUAAUCAAAUCUUCUUCCUCUUUCAAUUGCUGGCCCUGCUGCUCGCUAAUAUCAAGACGAAAACUGCCGUUCAAUGCCUCCUCCUUCCCUUCUCUUAGCAUUAGAGCCAACAACCACGUGGCUCGAGCUACCUCCACUGGAACGGCUCUUGUUGAAUCUACUAGUGAUGUCUUGUUCAAGGAGACCUUCCCUCUCUCGCAUACUGAAACGAUUGAGGGAAAGAUUUUUGUAAGAUUAGAUCAGAGCAAGGCCAAGGAGGAUCCAAGGCAGCAGCUUACUAUAGGGUGUAGUCUUCCAGGGAAAUGGAUUCUUCACUGGGGUGUUUCUUAUGUUGAUUAUAUUGGCAGCGAAUGGUAUCAACCUCCUGAGAAUAUGAGACCCUCUGGUUCGAUUCCUAUAAAGGACUAUGCCAUAGAGACACCGUUAAAGAAGUCAUCAGAAGGAGAUAUGUUUCACCAAGUGAAGAUUGAGAUCGAUCCAAAAAGUGCUAUUACAGCCUUCAAUUUUGUUUUGAAGGAUGAAGAAACUGGAGUAUGGUAUCAGCACAGAGGGAGAGAUUUCAAGGUGCCUCUUGUCGACUGCUUUCUCAAUUCUGGCAAUGUAACAGGAACAAAAGGGGGCUUUAGUAUAUGGCCAGGGGCAUUGCUUUCUAACAUGUUCCUCAAAGCAGAAGCAUCGGCUUCUAAAGGUAACGAUAGUAGCAGCAGAUCCAAAGACCCUAAAGAAAUUAGUCAGCAAGAAGGAUUCUAUGAAGAGGAGCCUAUUGCUAAAUGUGUUGUGGUUGAAAAAAUAGUGACUGUUUCAGUAAGUAAGUGUCCCAAGACAGCUAAGAAUCUUCUCUAUUUAGAAACUGACCUACCUGGAGAAGUUGUUGUCCACUGGGGAGUUUGCAGAGAUGAUGCUAAAAACUGGGAAAUUCCAGCUGCUCCUCAUCCACCAGAAACAACUGUGUUUAUGAACAAGGCUUUGCAGACUAGGCUACAGGCAAAAGAGGAUGGAAAUGGAUGUUCAGGGUUAUUUACUUUGGACAAAGACCUUGUAGGCUUCCUUUUCGUUCUCAAUUUAAAUGAAAGCACUUGGUUGAAGUGUAUGGGAAAGGAUUUCUAUAUCCCUCUCCCUAUUUCAGGUAGCAUUCCUGCUGAAUCAGGACCUGGACAAUCAGAAGGUGCACCAGUCUCUGGAAACACUCUAGGAGCUGAUCAAGAAGUUUCUCAAACUGCAUAUACCGAUGGUAUAAUUAAAGAAAUACGGAGCUUAGUGAGUGACAUUUCCUCUGAGAAGAGACGGAAGACAAAAACAAAAGAAGCGCAAGAAAUCAUUCUCCAAGAAAUUGAAAAAUUGGCUGCUGAAGCAUACAGUAUCUUCAGAAGCUCAGCUCCAGUUUUAAUGGAUGAAACUGUUUUGGAAGCUGAGGUAACGGAGGCUCCUCCUAAAAUAUCCUCAGGAACGGGCACUGGUUAUGAAAUAUUGCUCCAAGGCUUUAAUUGGGAAUCCCAUAAAUCAGGAAAGUGGUACAUGGAGCUCAAAAAAAAGGCUGAAGAAAUAUCAUCCCUUGGAUUCACCGUGACUUGGUUGCCCCCACCAACAGAAUCUGUGUCACCUGAAGGUUACAUGCCAAAAGAUUUGUAUAAUCUUAAUUCUAGAUAUGGAAGUAUUGAUGAGCUGAAGGAUCUUGUGAAGAAAUUCCAUGAAUUGGGUGUUAAAGUUCUGGGAGAUGCUGUUUUGAACCAUCGUUGUGCACACUACAAGAAUGAGAAUGGCAUAUGGAAUAUUUUUGGGGGUCGCUUAAAUUGGGAUGCCAGGGCAGUUGUUGCAGAUGAUCCGCAUUUUCAGGGUAGAGGAAACAAAAGUAGUGGAGAUAAUUUUCAUGCUGCCCCAAACAUAGAUCAUUCACAAGAAUUUGUGAGAAAAGAUCUCAAAGAAUGGUUAUGCUGGCUAAGAGAAGAAAUCGGGUAUGAUGGAUGGAGGCUUGAUUUUGUGAGAGGAUUUUGGGGUGGUUAUGUAAAGGAUUACUUGGAUGCAAGUGAACCUUAUUUUGCUGUUGGUGAGUAUUGGGAUUCCCUCAAUUAUACGUACGGUGAAAUGGAUCACAAUCAAGAUGCACAUCGGCAGAGAAUUGUUGACUGGAUCAAUGCCACCAAGGGGACUUGUGCGGCAUUUGAUGUCACCACAAAAGGGAUCCUCCAUUCAGCACUGGAAAGGUGUGAGUAUUGGCGAUUAUCAGAUGAGAAAGGAAAGCCUCCUGGCGUUGUUGGAUGGUGGCCAUCUCGUGCUGUUACCUUCAUAGAGAAUCAUGACACUGGUUCUACUCAGGGUCAUUGGAGAUUUCCCGGUGGAAAAGAAAUGCAAGGAUAUGCUUACAUCUUGACUCAUCCAGGAACACCAGCAGUGUUCUAUGAUCACAUCUUUUCUCAUUAUCAAUCUGAAAUUGCAGCUCUCCUCUCUCUAAGAGAACGGAACUCAAUCCACUGUCGAAGUACUGUUCAAAUUACCAAGGCGGAGAGGGAUGUGUAUGCGGCUAUCAUUGACGAGAAAGUGGCAGUGAAAAUUGGACCUGGUCAUUACGAACCGCCAAGUGGGCCCCAUCAAUGGUCUUCAAAAAUCGAAGGAAAGGAUUACAAGCAAAAUUGCCAAAAUGAAGAUGCCAAAUUAAGGGUAUCACAUGUACAAAGAUUCUUGUGUAUUGUGAUAUCUGCAACAAUUGCAACAAUUUUCAUCUUGCUUCUCGAGGCUUCUCAAGCGGUGCUCGUUCCAACUCUGCGUGCCCAUAUUGGUGAAUUCGAUGAAUAUUGGAAGAACAGAGCCGAUGAAUCCCGAAAAGCCGCCCAACAGGCUUUCCACCCGGAUCCCAUGAACGUCACCAAUCAGUUUAACCUCCAUGUUAACAAGGACAUGGCGGUGACGAACAGCUCUAGAAGGAGCCUAGCUAGGGUAAGAGGCGGAAAAUGCUUAGCCACAAACCCUAUUGAUCGAUGCUGGCGGUGUGACCCGAAUUGGGCCAGCAAUCGACAGAAGUUAGCUGAUUGCGUCCUUGGCUUUGGCCACAAAACUGUGGGGGAAAGUACGGAAAGAUUUACGUUGUGA